AUGGGCCUCAGUAAUAAAUUCACAGAUGAUAUCAAGGAGGUGGAUGUUAUCAUCGUCGGCGGCGGCACUGCUGGCUGCGUCGUAGCCGGUCGACUAGCCGCCGCCGCCCCGAACCUGCACGUUCUGGUGGUCGAGGGCGGCCGCGACAACUACAAGGACCCGCUCAUCAUCAACCCUUUCGCCUUUAUCAAGAAUCUGGAUCCCAACGCCAAGACGGCCCUGUUCUUCCGCGCUGGCAAGUCGGAAGGGCUAGGAGGGCGCGAGCUGGUGGUGCCGACGGGAGGCGUGCUGGGCGGCGGGUCGAGCAUCAACUUUCUGAUGUGCGCCGAAACAUACCACGGCACCGGCCCCGCAGCCGUCCACGGCUCGACGGGCCCCAUCCAUAUCAGCAACGGCACGUACCGCAACGAGGCCAUGACCAACGACUUCAUCCGGGCCGUCAACUCGCUCGGCUUCCCCGAGACGGUGGACCUGCAGGACCUCGAGACCGUCGACGCCGUGUCGCGCCACCUGCGCUUCGUCAGCCCGGCCGGCGACCGCUCCGACGCUGCCCACGGCUACCUGCACCCGUUGCUGCGCAACGGGGAGCACCCGAACCUGCACGUGCUGGUGGAGCACAAGGUGUCGCGCGUGCUUAUCGACGACGACGACAGGGCCUGCGGGAUCGAGCUGGUCCCGAACCCGCUCUUCCAGCCGCAGCAGCAGCAGCAGCAGCAGCAGCAGCAGCAGCAGCAGUCCGAGUCGUACACCGUCAAGAGCCGCCUCAACACCGUCGUGCUCAGCGCCGGCGCGCUCUGCACGCCCUCCAUCCUCGAGCGGUCCGGCAUCGGCGCCGCGGCCGUGCUGGAGCGCGCCGGCGUCCCGCUCAAGGUCGACCUGCCGGCCGUCGGCGAGAACCUGCAGGACCACCACAUGCUGAUGGUGCCGUUCCGGUCCGCCUGCGCGCCCGAGACGCUCGGCAACGCCGCCCUGCUGGGGGCGCUCGAGGACGUGCCCGCCUUGGCCGAGGAGCUGGCCGAGGACGGCAGGCGUGGGUCCAACUUCAUCGACGCGGCGACGAAGCUGCGCCCGACGGCCAAGGAGGUCGAGGCGCUGGGUCCCGAGUUCCAGGAGGCGUGGCGGAGGGACUUUGCCGACAGGCCUGGGAGGUGUCUGGCGCAGAUUUCCAUGGCCUUGGGAUUCCCCGGCCCCAGCGACGAGCCAGACUGCCAAAACAUAGCCCUGCCCGGCUUCACCCUGUACCCCUACAGCCGGGGCAGCGUGCACAUAACGGGCCCGUCGCCGACCGCGGACGAACCUGCCUUCGACUCGGGCAUUUUCUCAUCCUCUUCUCCCGCCUUCGACGUCGCCGCCGCGUGCUGGAUGUACAAGAAGCUGCGAGACGUCGCCCGCCGCCUCGACAGCUACCGCGGCGAGGUCGCCUACGCCCACCCGCCGUUCGCCGAGGGUUCCGGCGCCGCCCUGCUGCGGCUGCCCGUGGACGGGCCCUCGCUGGCGGACAAGUAUGGCGGGCCCGAAAAGGUCCCAGAGCUUGUGUACUCCGCCGAGGACGACGCGGCUCUCGAGGCCUACGUCAGGAACGCCGUCCAGACGACGUGGCACAGCCUUGGUACUGUGAGGAUGGGUCCGAGGCAUGGUGAUGCGCAGGCUGGACCAAAGGGUGCCGUCGAUAGCAGCCUGAACGUUUACGGCGUCAAGGGCCUCAAGGUAAUCGACUUGAGCAUCGUCCCCGAAAACAUUGGUGGGAACACAAACAUGACGGCUCUUGGCAUAGGAGAGAAGGGAGCGGAUAUUCUAUUGCGGGAGCUAGGGGUUCUCAAGACGACCUAA